GUCAUAGGUCCUCCAGGGGAUGGACCUGGAUUCAGAGACUAUAAUGAACUCAGAGGACGGGGACAACAGACCAGUGCCUCCAUCAUCUUUAUCCCUUCAAGGAGCUUCCAGUCAGAGGAAGAAGCUCUCUGCUCCUCGAAUCAGUUUGUCUCUGGACCAAAGCGAGGACGACUUGGGGGAGACACCAGACGAUCUGGACAUCAAUGUAGAUGACCUCGACACUCCAGAUGAGGGAGACUACCUCGACUACACAGACCACGAGCUGGACUGGGAAGAGCCCAGCGCGGCUAACAGAAGCGGGACGAAUGAGUCCUACAACACAAUCCCGACGUACAGCGCAGAGGAAGAGCGGCAGGACGCCAGGCUAUGGAGGAGCGUCGUCAUUGGCGAGCAGGAACAUCGCAUCAACAUGAAGAUCAUUGAGCCGUACAUGAGAGUCAUCUCCCAUGGAGGUGAAUGUUGAAGACCUUAAAUAGUU